AUGAUGAACGCGACCACGCAAAGUAGAAGUAGCUGCCCGAUCUGGGAGUCGAGGCCGGAGUCUGGGCCCUGGCUCCAGACCAUACGAUCUCGAGCCCUCCUAAUCGAGGGGGGAUCCAUGAGUUUGAAACUAAUUGCACACUUGAUUUCAACGAGGAUUCUGGAACUUUUCAAGCUGCCUUGGGCUGGCGCCACCAACAUUCAACAGCAGCUUGGGGCGGCGGCUGCAGAUCGGCUCCAAAUCGCACAGGUCCAGGUUGCAGCUCCACUCCAACCACUUCGGCCACUCCGACCACAGGCAUCAAUAGCACCACCGACGAAGACCAAGACUACGACCAAGACCAAGACCAAGACCAAGAAGAUCCGAGCACGUUAA